UGUCGUCAUAAAUAUUAUCGUUUUGAAGGCACAUGCUACGUCGUGAAAUCGAAUUAAAUGGCAGAAAAAGCGUAUAAUCUGAAUGGAACUUGUGUUAAGUGAUCGUGAGAAAGAAAAGGGCCGAUCGGGCUAUACGAAGCAGUGAAUAUCUGGCGUAUUGGCGCCCGCUGGUAAAGUAAAAGUGGCGUGAAGUUGCCCCUCGUUUCUAGGUUAUGUUUACUUCUCCUCCAAAGCCCGCGUACAGCGAGGGGUUCACUGGUGUGACAAGUGGUUGUUCUCGUGAUUUUUAAGCAUUGUUUUUUAAGUUAUGAGGACGGAAUGCCCGCGGGUAGGCCCAGGGGCGGUAACGGUGGGUUCCGCGGUCACCCAGCGCCCAUGUCAGAGCGUCAGCAACUCGCUCUCCUUCUGCAAAUGACCUCGCAGGACAAGGAAUCGGGAGGGAUUAGUCCCAGCAGUAUAAGCGUCCAAAGUACUUCAAGUGAGCAGCACCGAGCCUCAAGAAGUCGAUGUAGAAACGAACGCGGUGAAACUCCGUUGCACGUUGCUGCAAUUCGAGGGGACGAAGCUCAGGUACGACGCCUUCUUGCAAGAGGUGCAGAUCCCAACGCUAAGGAUUUUGCUGGGUGGACCCCGCUACACGAGGCCUGCAACCACGGGUGGUUGGGCACGGCACGGAUUCUUAUCGAAGCUGGCGCUUCUGUCAACGCUCUUGGACUAGAUGACGACACUCCGCUUCACGACGCCGCAGUCAACGGUCACCAAGAGCUCGUGAAAUUACUGGUCGACAGUGGCGCGGAUUCAACGUUGAAGAACAAACGAGGAAAAACACCGGUAGACGUGGCUUCUGGCACCUUAGAUCGCUCGUCCUUCAUCUCAGAUAAAUCUACCGAAGCUCGAUCAACCGUCAGUCAGCCUACAUCGCCGGCUGCAGGCAGUGCGGAGAGUUCCUGCAGCGGAAAUCCAAAGGCUGAAGAAAUCUUAGCGAGACGGUUGUUUGACCCCGGUAGUGGAGCGUCACUUGUCAGUGAAGAGCAACAACGUGAGCAGCACAGACCGACCGGAAGUUCCGCCAACACACCGACUGCUGUUGAGGACAGUGGAGCCCCCUGUGAGAUGCGGAGGACACCACCGCAAAACAAAGUUGACAGAUCGGGAACUGGGCAGUCUGGCGGCUCACCGCGGGUUACGCUGCGGUUGAACCAGGUGCGUAGCGCCAGGGAUGACAAGAAGAGUGGUACAGCCUCACGCCACGGUGUGACUAGCCAGUCUCAAAACAUGGAUGGAUCCAAAUCAUCAGCAUUAUCAGGGGGAAACCCGGCGGCGUCUGGGUCUGCCAAUAACAGUAGCGCAUCUGGAGAAAGUGGGGAUGUGUAUGAAUUCAAGAGUUCAAAAGAGGCGACACCAGUUCGAGGAGCGAGUACUUCACCAAACCCUGGUGACAAGGAUAAAGAUGCGGCGAAAGCAGCAGGGGUAUCUGGAAGUAAUGCUUCAGGGACCGUAAGUGCUUCGUCAGCGGCUGCUGAAAUCUCUGCCUCCAAUAUGGAUGAGGCUUCAGUCUCUGCAUCACCUGCUGCUAAACGCACAUUAGAAAGUGAUAAUCCUGAUGAGCAAGAUGAAGAAAAUCGUCGAAAGAAGAGAAAGGAAUCUGAGGGCACUAAGGACAAUCCUAAAGCUGUGGCAACUGGAAGACUGGCAGCUGGUAGAAAUAAUCCAACCAAUGAAAAGUGUACAAAACUCGGUAAACUGGGAGGAAACACUGCUGUAGGAAAAAACAAUCAAGCCACUUCCACUGCAAACGUUGAUCGUAAAAGUCCCAGUUCUUCUGCAGCUACUGGCAGUAGUCCAAAACCAGCUAGCAGCACGGUUGGUUCGACGAAUACAAAAGCAGCUACCCCAGCCCCCCCUGAAUCAGAUGGCGAAGACGAUCGAUCGAAAAGUUCUGAUUCAAAUUCUGCCCCAAAAGUUCCACCUUUGAAAAUAGUGAUACCACAGAGUACAGUGUCGGAACAAGAACAGGGAAAUAGAAAUGGAAAGAAUACAUCAAAUAGGAAUCACCAAUUGCCUUAUGUUGUCCCAAGCUCGAAUAGUAACGAUUCUACUGACAAAGAUCAAAAUCAAUCAGCCAGCGGAACGACGAGUCCCACUGAAGGCACUCCGUCUAAAAGCGAAGAAAAAAAAGACUUUACUGGAGCUCUACAUGGCGAAGAACGGUCUACACACCAUCAAAGAGUCCUUCGGAGUUCACACAGGUCUGGCAAUGGCGCCAACGGCUCGGUUAUCUCAAAGGAAACUGCCGGUGUUUCGUCGGGAAACGCCAGUUACUCAAACUCGUCUCCGCUUCCUGCAGCAGCGUCCUCAAACGACUGUUCGAACAAUUCAUCGCCUCAGCAGCGUCACAAUUCUCCGACCCCAGAAACCACCAGUUCGGAUACAACAAAAACGACUACAACCGAACAAACUUCAGUUCCCCACAGCACUUCGAAAACAACAACGACCAGUGAGAAACCGGAGAAAAACUCCGAAUCAAGCUCAAAGACGCAGAAAGACACUGAGAGUUCGGAUACUGCCUCAUCGACUCAGUCCACUUCAACUCCGAACACAACCGCGCCUCCUGCUACCGUUGAACUCCAUCCAAGAAAAAGAAAAAUGAAACCUAAUAAGGAAGCACAACAGGCUGCAGCCACGGCUGCUGCCAAUGAAGCUGCUGAAGCUGCUAAUAUAGGACCUGAAGUUCAUCCGCAUGAUCAGCCAAUCACCAAUUGUUAUCAAUUGUUUCUCAACAUCAGGAAACAGAUUGAGCGGCGAAGAAAAGGCCUUUUUCCUGUACAACCGAAACCACCUCAGGGUUUCAAAGACUAUUUAAUGAAUCGAUGCACUUAUGUGUUGGCUGGAAAUGCUAAUAAGGAACCUAACGUAAACCCGCCAGUUAGUUUGCAUUGUGCAAUGAAGGAUCUGUACGUGGAGCAGGAAAAGGAAAGGUAUCGUCUGAGAAUGCAACACGUAGUUGAAAAAGAAAAGUUGGUUUUGUCUGUGGAACAAGAAAUCCUCAGGGUGCAUGGCCGAGCUGCCAGAGCCUUGGCAAAUCAAUCACUUCCAUUUUCGGUUUGUACGAUUCUGAAAGAUGAAGAAGUGUACAAUGUAAUAACUCCUGAACAAGAAGAAAAAGACAGAAAUGCAAGAAGUCGGUACAAUGGACGAUUAUUUUUAAGCUGGCUUCAAGACGUUGAUGACAAGUGGGAAAAAAUUAAGGAAUCUAUGCUAUUGCGACAUCAUAACGAAGCAGAGUCUCUUCAUGCGGUGCAACGGAUGGAUUGGGAAUGGAAGAUGAAGGAAGUAGGUCUUUGUGAUUUCAAAGUUAGACCUCAAAUAGAAGAUCUUCACGUUCCCAUGGUCCACGUUUCCGACGACUUUGAUCUUCUUCCAGCAUAAUGAAUUCCAACCACAGCCACAUUGACGCUUUAUCAUUAUACAUACGCAUGAUUUUUGCAAAUUACAAUUUCAGAAACUUUGCCUCCAAGUAGCCUCGAGACAUUAUAGAAUGAAAUCUCGUGAAGAUAACUGUGAUAAGUCGGUCGUUAAUGCCAUUGUAAUCCUAUUCUGAAGAGACCGGUGUAUUACACACUAAGACAAAUUUUUAUGAAAAAUUAUACAAUUAUUCUUAAAACAUGACUUGUAUAAAUGAUUAUACAGUUGUAAAAAAUUCGUUUCUUCACGGACCGCAUAUUUUUCAAAUUCUUCAGUUAUCACAAGUGACCUUAUUUUUUUCAUCUCUUUACUGUACUAUUGCAAGUUCUUUCGAUUUAGAAAAAAUCAAUUCAAGUAAAAAAAUAUAAACAGUGUACGUUUUAACAAUUGCUAAGUAAUUUUUAAGUGUUUUUCUUUUUUGGCUCAAACUCACAAUUGAGUCAUUGUCGCAGAAAUUUUGGAAUUUACGUGACCCGAUUCGGAGUUCCAUAUAUCCAGCCGAUAUUUCCUAAACAAAUAAUUACGAUUCUAUCUCAUACUAUAGAAACAUUGUACUGGUUGUAUACUUCUUUCAGUAUCACGAUUUAUUGCUCGACUCGUACAACUUUUCUUUUCACGUAUACUUUUGCAAUACUUUUAUGGCACACUUUUAAUUUUUCCAUAAUAGUUGGUUACAGACAAUGAAAAGUUGUUAAGACUGAACUAUUUGGUAUAAGGCUAGCAGAUUUAACGAAUAUUAACUGCCAGUUCCAUUAAAAAAUAGCCAAACUCACGUGUACACCAGAAAGUCCAGAAUAUGUCAUAUGGAAAAUAACUGGCCAAUUUACGAUGAUCUCUUUAUAAAUAAUGUGUAACAGAUUACACAAUGUACAUAUUUUGUAAUUAUAGAAAUUAGAAACUGUAAUUAUUACCAUUGACAAAACUAUAAAUGGUAGUAAUGUAUUACUCACAAAUGUAAAUAGAAUGACGGUAACAACAGUGAAAACAAUAAUGUUAAUAGAUUAAGGAAUACAUCUUUGAUACAUAAAAAACGUGAAUCAAUAAAUAAUGUACUAUCUUUA